AUGACUACGACCACAUUCAAGCGAGAGACAACCGGCGACGAGGUGGUGAAAGCUUGCAAGGACCAAGUUGUGGGAAGAACGUUCCUGAUCACCGGCGCCUCAGAUGGCAGCAUUGGGGCUGAAGUCGCACUCUGUCUGGCUCAUGCAGCACCUGCUCGCAUCUUGCUGCUUGCACGCUCCGCCAGCAAGGUCGAGCCUGUCAUUGAAAAGAUCAAAGCCAUUGAUUCGACAGUAAAGGCUCUCUUUAUUCCCGUUCAAUUGGAUGAUUUCGACAGUGUCCGUACAGCAGCCAAGCAAGUCAACGAUGCCACCGAUAAGCUCGAUGUGAUGAUAAAUUGUGCUGGGAUCAUGGCAGUGCCCGAUUUUACUACCAACAAGAACGGCAUUGAGUCGCAGUUCGCCACCAACCAUCUCGGCCAUUUCCUGUUGACGGCAUUGGUCUUUGACAAGGUUACCGCCGCCGGUCGUGGGGCAAGAAUCGUCAAUGUGACAAGUGAUGGCUAUCAGCUUGGCCCUUGUCGAUUCGAGGACUACAACUUCAAAGAUGGAGCAGAGUAUCAUGCCUGGAGCGGCUAUGGCCAAAGUAAGACAGCCAACAUACUCUUUACUCGUCAACUGGCCGCGAAGCUGUCGAACCGAGGGAUCACAUCCUUCGCUCUCCAUCCUGGUGUCAUUCUGGAGAGUGGCAUCGGUCGAACGACGACCGAAGAGAUGUUGGGCGGGAUCAAUGAGGUCGCACUUCGCGAGACUGGUAUGCCUUUCAGAGUCGGGGACCCCAAGCCCAUGACGCAAGGCACCAGCACUGCGCUGGUGGCUGCCCUGGAUCCUCGACUCGCAGACCAGUCCGGCUCAUACCUCGAGGACUGCGCCGUGGUGCCUGCUCGCGAGUACGCUACCUCCCUACAGAACGCGCAGCGGCUGUGGACUUUGAGUGAGCAGCUCGUUGGACAGAGAUUUGACAUCUGA